AUGGCAGGAAUGAAACCAUUUAAUAGUGGUCAUGAAGACCUAAUUCAUGAUGUCGUAUACGAUUUUUACGGAAGACAUGUCGCCACAUGCUCAUCUGACCAACAUAUAAAAGUUUUCAAACUUGACAAAGAGACUAGUGAAUGGGAAUUGAGUGAUUCCUGGAAGGCUCAUGAUAGCAGUAUAGUCUCAGUGGAUUGGGCUAGUCCCGAAUACGGACGCAUUAUUGUGUCCGCAUCAUAUGAUAAAACCGUGAAAUUAUGGGAGGAAGACCCAGAUCAACCGGAGGGUUCAGGCCGUCGUUGGACUAAAUUGUGCACUUUGAAUGAUUCUAAAGGAUCUCUAUACACUGUAAAAUUUGCUCCUCCACAUUUAGGUCUGAAAUUAGCUUGCAUUGGUAAUGAUGCAACCUUAAGAAUAUACGAGGCAUUGGAACCUUCUGAUCUAAGAUCUUGGACAUUGACAUCAGAAGUAAAAGUUUUGCCAGUACCACCUGCUAACCACUUGCAAUCAGAUUUUUGCAUAGCAUGGUGUCCAUCCAGGUUUUCACCCGAGAAGCUUGUGGUUUCUACAUUAGAUCAAGCUUCGAUUUACCAAAGAGGUAAAGAUGGGAAGUUAUACAUUGUUGCCAAACUAAAUGGCCAUAAGGGUUUGAUAAGAGAUAUAAGUUGGGCUCCAUCUAUUGGAAGAUGGUAUCAUUUAAUUGCUACCGGUUGUAAAGAUGGAAAACUUCGUAUCUUCAGACUUGUAGAGAAAUUAUCUGACAAUUCAUCAAAGGACGCAAUCAAUGAUAGUUAUGAUGACGAAGACGUUGAUAUGGAGGAUAUUGCAGAGAAUAAAGAAAAAUCACUACUUGGUUCUUCAGUAAGCGUAGAGUUAUUAAGUGAACACGAUGAUCACAAUGCCGAAAUUUGGUCAGUGUCCUGGAACUUAACGGGAACCAUCUUAAGUAGUGCUGGCGAUGAUGGCAAAGUAAGAUUGUGGAAAUCUACAUACUCUAAUGAAUUUAAGUGCAUGUCAGUGAUCACAUCAAAUUCUUAG